AAAGGAGUAUCAAUUAACUGUGUACCUUUUAACGGUCCCUUCUUUUUCCCAAGCGAUGGCAGUGAUGCUAAGGGAAUACACUUCUACCAAACUAUUCAACUUCGUGAGUUGCAAGACCAAGAAUUACUGAUUCCAAGAAAUUUUGUAGAGAGAUAUUGGAAAGAUGUAUCAAAUCCAAUAUCCCUUAGACUUCCAAAUGACUCUGUGUGCAAAAUGUUUUGGGUGCGAUGGGGUGAUGAAAUUUGGCUUCAGGAUUGGAAAAGGUUUGCACGGUCACUUAGAUGCGGAGAUCUUUUAGUUUUUCAAUACAAAGGAGGAUCAGAUUUUAAUGUCACUAUAUUUGAUGAUAGUAAAUUAGAAAUUGACUAUUCAAAUAUGAUUUGCAUCGAUGAACAAGAAGCUAAAGAGAGUGAUGAGGAUGGCUAUGUUAAGAUUACAAAUGAGGGUGACAAUACCAAACAACCCCUCAAGAAAAAGAAAAUCAACUCAAAUGAUAGUGCUACUACUGCUGCUACACCUCAAGUGACAAAUAUUGACAAGAGAAAAAUUAAUAUGAAGGCAACCCAGCAAAAACUCCUAGAGGCUAAUAGAAACAGAAAAGGCAACGGUAAGAAAGCUAAGAAAUGCUCAAAAAUUGUAGAUGCGAAUAAGAGAAGCUGCACGGAUUCUCAUCCAGAUGAGAAUCCCAAUUUCACUCUCAAAUUAUCGCGAUUUUCUGUGGAAGGUGAUACAUUAAGAUUGAGGAUACCUACUUGGUUUUCGAAAGAAUACAUGAAUGAGUUGUUGCAAAGGAAUGCAAUGAUUAGAAGCGUUGAUGAGGAAAUGGCAUGGGGCGUGAGUUUAUACUUGGAUGAAUCCAAUAGAAAUUUUACAAUGGGAGCUGGUUGGAAGUCAUUUUCAAGAGAACAUAACUUGCAAGUCGGUGAUGUAUGUCAAUUUGAGAUGACUCAACGAGAACCACUUUCAUUCACAAUUACUAUUGUUCCAGCUACAAAGGAACCAUGCCCAGAGCAGUUUCAAGAAAACCAACGAGUCCAAGAAAAUUCAGAGACAUCGCCCGUAGAAGAUAUGGGUUAUGUGGGCAAUAAUUAUGGAGAAGGAAUUUCAAGGAGUUGCCCAAAUCAUGAUUCUGAAAGUCCGAAUUUACAUAAUAAAUUCGAAGUUUUUGUAACCUCAUUAGACAAGCUGGUCAUACCAAGUGAGUUAUUGAAGAGACACAAUAUAUCUAAUGGAAAUUCAGUUGAGUUGAAAGUAGGGGAAGGAACAUGGUUUGUUGAGGUGAGUUAUAAUCAAUAUCUUGAUUAUGGUUGGUUCACUGAAGGUUGGAAAGAAUUUGUGAGAGAAUGCAAGGUGAAGAUUGGAGACACUUGUUUGUUUGAGAUGAUUGAUGUGCAAAAUCACGUGUUCAAGUUUUCAAUUAUUUUAGAUGUUUAGAAGAACGUUUGUGUCUGAUCAUUUUGUAUAUGGAAUACAAGUGCACUCACUAUUGGCGUUGUUUUAGAACUUUCACUCGCGACAAUAUGGGAUAUAGCUUGUAACACUCACUUUAGAUAUUAAGUUGUGAUAAUGAUGUGAUUAUUAGUUUAUUACUACCUCAGUUUAUUAGUUUAUUAUUAGUUGGAGACACUAGUUUGUUUGAGAUAAUUGAUGAUCAAAAUCAUAUGUUCAAGGUUUCAAUUA